AAAGUUGGCAACUCCAGUUCACUCAGUUGUUUUUAUGUGUUUGUUUGUGUGUGUGUGUGUGUAUUAUUGAAAUUUGCUGUCCUAAUCACCCGUUAUAGCAUAAUAUAACUCAUGAUUCAAUAACUAAUGUAUCUCAUUAUUGGAUAAAUCAUUCAAACCAAGGUGCCCUCUUAGUUAAAUAACUCAUAUCCUCAUAACUUAAACACUAUUGUAAAUCACAACUGCCUAACUCACUGUCAAUCACUCAUAACUAAAUGAUAGUAAUCGUGAAUGACUAACUAAUGGAGCUCACAACAGAACGACUACUGCAUUAAAUAAACGAACGUCACUCAUAACCGACCAACUACCGUGAAUAGCUCAUAACUAAGUAACUAUUGUGAGGAACUCGUGGCUCCAUCCUGACAACCAUUCAACAUGGUAAAGUGCAAGUGUAAUCUAGUGCCAAUAAGAAGAGGAAAGACAGUGUUAUUGUUCAUUUCGUGGUUUGUGUAUCACCGUGGCCUUGUGAUAAGAUUAAUGUGUAUGGCUAUUACAAUAGUACUUGUGGUUUUGUUUUAAACAUGCAAAGUCUUGUCUGAAAACAUCUAUUUAUUAUUUGAGUCAUGCAUUGCAUAGAUUUAUUGCUUACGUGAUUUCCCAUACUUGUUUUAAUGAUAUAUACCAGGAAGGAAGAAAGUUAUUCACAAAAUUAUUUGUUUGCAAUAGAAAAUGUGCAAAUCCUCGGAUGCUGUUUAUUAUUAAGCAAAUUCAAUGCUCUAUUUAGAUAUGCAUUUGUGUAUGUGUGUUCAUAUAUAUGUUUUGUAUUAUAUCCAUAUACAAUCGUAUGAAUUGAGGUGGCUUCUUAGUUUGAUAAUAACGUCAAAUUUAUAUACGAUUAAUAAGAAGCAGAAGAAGAAGAAGGAGAAGAAGAAGAAGAAGAAGAAGACGGCGACGACGAAGAUAUCCCUACUGUGUGUGCGUGUGUGUGUGUAAUGUUGAGUAUAAUUGAUUCUCCCCGUCAGUGAUAAAAGUAUUUCAGUCUUUAUCAAACCACAAACAUCACACUGAAAGAAUGUCCACGUUGUAUCCAACAGACGAAAUACUCUUGCGUGAGUUUGUGUGUCAUGCGGCAUUUGAUCACGGUGAUAAUCUCUGAUAAAACAUUGCAUAAGACUUCGGAUUUCUUUGUCUAGGUAUUAUCUGUUUGUAUAUUAGAGGACCUUAAAAUGAAUAGCAUUAGUGCGUUGUAUAUAUCUACUUGAAAUCAGGAAGUGACAUACAGCUCAGUGACCAGAGGAAGAGGAAACCCACAAGGCAGGGUUCUCGAUGAUUGGCAUGAAGAACGAAGAACAGUGUUCACGAGACAGGGUGGAGGAAUCCUCCCCUCGCGAGCAGCGCUGCUUCCUCUCCCCGCUGGACCUGCUCUUCGAGGCCGUGCGACGCCUGACCUUCGCCAGAUGGGACGAGAGCCAGCUGUCGUCGACCCAGCUGGCGCAGUCGGGCUUUUUCUUCACGGGCGUCAAGGACCACGUGCAGUGCAUCUUCUGCCUGGGGGUUCUGGGAUGCUGGAGCCCCGGGGAGCAGCCAGACGAGGAGCACCGGAAGCAGUUUCCCGAGUGUCCUCUGGUGACCGGGGCGCCGACGGGGAACAUUCCUGUCGACGCUUCUUCGAGAGAGGGGACGGAAGGGCGCCUGUAUCAGUUGCUGCGCGAGUAUUACCUGCUCCGGCUGAGCAACAUGCAGUUUUCAGAAGGGAUUUCCCCGGGAGCAGGAAGCGCGUGGCCCCUGACGGACGCCUACCCCCAGUUCCAGACGCCGGCCUCCCGCCUCGCCACCUUCGCCGGGAGGCCCGCCGACGUAGGCCCAAGCCCGCGGGACCUCGCCGCCGCCGGGUUCUUCCACACAGGCAAAGCAGACUGGCUUCAGUGCUUCUGCUGCGGCGGCGGGAUCUUCGGGUGGCAGGAGGGGGAGCAACCACUCGAGGUUCACUUGCGAUAUUAUCCGCUGUGUCCUUUCGCGAGGGUAGCGGCGGCGCCCGACCCCUCGCGCCCGGAGCCGUCGUUUCCCCCGGGCGUCGCGGGGGGAUACAAGGGCGCCUUGGCCAUCCAGACGGAGGACGUGGAGCUUCUGGGACAGCAUCCGUUGGCCAAGCGCCUCGUCGAAAUGGGUGUCCCACAAACGGUCGUUAAGUCAGCCUUCAAACAACGACUGGAGACCUAUGGUGCCCUCUGUCGAACGAUAUUAGAAGCAGUCGAAUGGACCGUCGAGUACAAGAAACCAGGGAAACACAGCCCGCAAUUAGUAGCACCUUCUACCAACAGGUUUUCCCAUUCCCAUUCGCUUCAGACUGAAUCUCCGCACCAACAAAAUUUAAACCCUUCCUCAACAUAUGACGAAAAAGCAGAAAAGUUAAGAAGAGAAGUGGAGGACCUAAAGCAGCAGAUCCAAGCCCAAGAGGACCGCCUGCUUUGCCGCGUGUGCAAGCAAGACCGCGUGGCCAUCGUCCUGCAACCUUGCUCGCACAUGCACCUGUGCGUUUCCUGCGCGAGAUCCCGAGACACAUGUCCGAGCUGCGAGAUUGUUAUCCGAGGAACGCUCCGGCCGCGGAUCCUGGUUUGAUGCGCUUUUUUUUUUUUUUUUUGUCAUCGUUUCUGCUGGUUCCGUCUCGGUGAUCGGGAUCUGUCGUUUGUCUCUUUAAGAUGUUUUAAUGUAUUCAGUAUUAGGUGAAUUACAUGUUAUGAUGAGACUUAGAUCUGUACUUUUUGAAUAUGGACGAUCCACAAGAGGCUUACUUAAUUUAUUUACUUUGUCCGCAAAUAACAAAUUUACAUGCAUAAAUGAAUAAAUAUAUAUAUUUGCCUAUUUAUUUAUAUUUAUAUAUAUAUUCUAUCCUCUCAAUGCUCUUACUGUCGGCAAAAUGUCCAACUUUAGCCUGAUUGUCCAUAAGAAAAACCUCAGUGUUCCGAUCUUUUAAACAAACCUUACGAUCAAAUGAAUAUGUUUCCUUAUGUUAUAUUUACUUGAACUUCCUGUAUUCCUUUAAUAUUUAGACAGGCUAGUUUCAUAAAUGUAAUAAAAAACUGUAACUAUGACAGACAAUCGUUUUUAGUGAGGAUUAACCAAAACCAUUGAUAUAUAUAUUUUUCGUUUUCUUUAGCUUUCAAGUCAUUUAUCUAAUUUCCAGUUCAUCCAGUUAUUUACCAUGAUGAUGGCUCAAAAAGAAGAUAUGUAUAUACAUAUAUACAUACAUACAUAUCUAUAUCUAUUUAUUUAUCUAUCUAUCUAUUUAUCUAUAUAUAUGGUUCUUUGAUACGACGACUGAUUUUUCUGAGUACCUUUCCAAGAUUUUCAGCAGGGGCUAACAAGUGUUUCUGCAUCGCUGUUGUAAAGUUGAAUAAAUGUUCAAAAGUAAAAUCACAGUGUGACACAUUCUAUAAUACUAAAAAUAAUCGUGUAUAUAUAAUAAUUAAAAUAGAGAAUGAAA